AUGUAUGGGCCCUGGAUGACGGCUACUCGUUCAUCAACGAAUCCGAAAGAUAUACCGGACGAAAGACACAUCCUGAUAUCCUUGGUUGUCACGGAUCUACGACCCAUCAAGCAUCCUUUCGAGCCAUAUGCGCACCAGUUCGGCUGCAUGUACGACACCGUGCGAAUCCGAAAGGCGAAAGGCAUUACAUCCAAAGCUCCCGAGUCAACGCCUCAGCAAGUCGAAGCGGCAGAGCGAGCCGAGACGCCAAAGAAGGCGGUGUCGCCGCUUUGGACGACAACGACGCCAAAGUCUACAACGACUCCCAAGCCUAGUCCGACGCCCAAGCACGCCCCAGCGGUAAAGUCAGCCAAGACACCAGCCCCCGUCGAAACACCAAGCCGCAGCUCCUCCGGCUUCAGCUCCUACGUCUCCGUGAACGAGCAAUCGACCGCGUCCGACUCGGCGGAAAGCUUCGACAUGGUCGAUACGCCCGUCGAGGAGAUGAGCAAGUCAGAGGGCAAUCGCGACGUGACCCCCGCAGACACUCGGGACUUCAACUCUGCAGGCCCUCACCCCAGUAGUUUCGUCGAGAGUCCUGCGACCAGUGGUAUGAGCUCUGCGACCAGUGGUAUGAGCUCCGCAUGCACAACGUCUGCGAACGACCUCACCUCCGUCGUGAGCCGCCUCUCGCUCGCCGACGAGCCGUACCCGGACCCGGCGUACUCGAUCUCGGGGCAUCUGGCCGCGAAUAAGGUGGAGGGGGCGGUGGGGCGGGCGCAACAUUCGCCUCCGCGCGCGCAGCAGUCACCUCCACACGCGCAACGGUCGCCACCGCGGGGGGCGCAGACGACACCGAGGAGGAGUGAACAGACGGCGCCGAGGAGGAGUGAACAGACGGCGCCGAGGAGGAGUGAACAGACGGCGCCGAAGAAGAGCGACUCUGCGAUGUCACGAAAGAGCGAGCCGGUGACGCCUCAGCGAGUGACGCGCGCGACGCCGCAGACAUCGCCCAUACAGGAUACGACGCACGCGCCGCGCACGCCUGAAGCCGCCAAGAGUCAUCGGAAGAGCAAGGAGCACAGGCGCUCGUCGCACACUCACAAUUCCCCUCGCACUCCUGAGCUCGACACAUCCCCACGCACCUCUCCUCGCCACCCUGAAGCCCACCGCACACACGCCACCACCCCUCGCUCACCCGAACCCCUUGCCGACCUCACCACCGAUCAGCGUAACAUCAUCCUCUGCAUCCAGAAGGCGUACCACAAGGUCGGGCCCCACGACCAGUGGAUCGGCGUGUACCAUGGCGAUAUCGGGAAAGCCGACUUCAAGAACGACGUCGUGGCGCAAGCGGCGAGCAUCUCAAAUGACAUCGAGAUCCUCGUCGAGAAGGGGUACAUCACGACGACGGUGGACGAAGACCACUUCGACUGUACGGAUCACAGUCAUGGGCGGUACAGAAGGUACACGGAGAUUCUGGCGGACUUGUCAUUGGAUGAUGAUUGA